UGCUUAUUAGGAUAAUCGAAAACAAAAGAUUUUGUGGUUUCAUUAUUGUUAUUAUUUUAUUUUCUUCCUGAAAAUGUGCAAGAAGAGCUCAUUUGGGUGGCCUGUGGUUUGUUUGGGAGAGGGGUGGGGAAAUCCAUUCUUACUAUAAUUUAAAAGAGAACGGGAUUCUUAAAAUAGAGAUGUUGAUGUUGCGGAAAACCCCCCACAGCACCCACCCUGCGCCCCAAAAACCCAAAGUGCGAAAGGAACAGGCAGGCGGCCCCUGCAGCUUCUCCGGAGACCAGGCCCCAGGGGUUCCUAGGGAAGCAGUCGAUGCAUUGAAAGUAAUAUUUAACCCCAAGGAAAUCUGCUCUUGUGGGCACUUGCAAAACAGCGGAGGCCACGUGAUCCGGGGAUGUGGCCGAGGAGGGAGGGUGACGUUUCCUACAAGGUGCAGCCGCAGAGGCGACGCGCGUGCCGCCCUCCCGGGUUUCGGUCGGCGGCCUGUUGUGCUGUCUCUGCGGCUCGAGGGAAAGUUUGGCUGCGUCCAAGGCAGACGUUUGGAGCCAUUCAUCUUAUUUUGUUUGAAAAGUUACUCGUUCAAGCUGUCACCGUGUGACAGCUCAAAAUAAAGCUAAUUUGCGGCCGCUCCUCCUCUCUUCCCGGAGGAUCUCAGAGGCGGCGAAGAGGGCGCGGUGCUGAAUCGGGUGGGGACCCAGGGCCGCAACAUUCGCGCGCGCGAGCUCGGGGCUGGGCAGCGUGGGGCGCGAAAGACGGAGCCUUGGGGAGGACACCGAUUUUCGGGAUGAAGGUCCGAUUUGAAGAAAAACCGGGCCCGAGAGAUGUAAAGAGAAAGACACUUCGGAGGCCUCCAGUGCGUUCUGGGAGGCGGGCUUUGUACCCGCCAAAAUUAUGCGGGAUCGUCCGUUUCCCCAGGAGAGUGCGCCAGGGCCUCUGUGACCAACUGUCCACGCCCGGUGCCGGUUCGGCGCUGCAGAAGUGACUGGAAGGUCAGAAUUCCCUGGCGCCGCCGAGAGGGACGCUCAGGACCCUGCUCGGCCCACACGGCAGCGGCAAACACUUUGGCGUGGCCGGGGCGUGGCCGAGGGGAGAGCCACGCCCCUCUUUGCCAAUUCCCCUUCACUCUCCUCUCCCAUUGGUCUCAAGGAUGGCCAAUCAGAGCUCAGAUCGAGGCCCUACCCUGAGUCUGACUCGAAAGCUUCUGCCAAAACUUUGGGAGUUUUUAGAGAGGAGUUUUUUUUUUUCUUAUUCCUUUUUUUUUUUUUUAACUAACGGAUUAUUAUUGUUGUUGUUUUAAAUUUAGCUCUUAGGGCUUAGCUGUUUGGGUUUUUCUUUCGGUGCCCGGCCCCUGUCUCUCCGGCUUCCCGUGCGUGUGCGGAGCCGCGGCGCCGGCCCGCGAGCCACCGCAGCGCCCUCGCUCGCCUCCAGCCCGCGGGGAACGCGGGUCCCGCGCCGCCUUCAAAGUGAGGUCAGGGCGAGCUGUGAUCGGCGGGGAUCCGGCCCUCGCCUUCUUCCUCGCUGGCGCUAGGGCUCCCUGGCCUCUUUUCAGGGCGGACGGAGAAACGAAAGAGGAUCGUCCUCGGCUGGGCGGCCGCCUCCUCCGGGACUCAGCGCGCCGCUCCCUGCGCCCCUACCCACCCAUCCAUCCGGCCCGGCCUGGCCAGGCCGCGGAGUCCGCUAGGCGCACCCGGCCAGGAUGUUCGCCGCCGGGCUGGCUCCCUUCUACGCCUCCAACUUCAGCCUCUGGUCGGCCGCUUACUGCUCUCCGGCCGGCCCGGGCGGCUGCUCCUUCCCCCUAGACCCAGCUGCGGUCAAGAAACCCUCUUUCUGCAUCGCAGACAUCCUGCACGCCGGCGUGGGGGAGCCGGGGGCGGCCCCGGAGGGCCUGGCCGGAGCCUCGGCCGCCGCCCUCGCCGCGCACUUGGGCUCAGCUCACCCGCACGCCUCUUUUCAAGCUACCGCCAGGUCCCCGCUCCGACCCACCCCAGUGGUGGCGCCCUCCGAAGUCCCGGCUGGCUUCCCGCAGCGGCUGUCUCCGCUCUCAGCCGCCUACCACCACCAUCACCAGCCGCAGCCGCAGCAGCAGCAACUACCGCAGCAGCAACAGCCUCCGCCUCCACCGCGGGCCGGCGCCGUGCAGCCCCCAGUCUCCGGAACACGGGUGGUCCCGAACCCCCACCAUAGCGGCUCGGCCCCAGCCCCCUCCAGCAAGGACCUCAAAUUUGGAAUUGACCGUAUUUUGUCUGCAGAAUUUGACCCCAAAGUCAAGGAAGGCAACACGCUGAGAGAUCUCACAUCCCUGCUCACGGGCGGGCGGCCCGCGGGGCUACACCUCCCCAGCCUGCAGACCUCCGCCGGCCAGCUAUUCGCGUCUUUAGAUCCUAUUAACGAGGCUUCUGCCAUCCUCAGCCCCUUAAACUCGAACCCGAGAAAUUCAGUCCAGCAUCAGUUUCAAGACACGUUUCCAGGCCCCUAUGCCGUGCUCACGAAGGACACUAUGCCCCAGACGUACAAGAGGAAGCGUUCUUGGUCUCGGGCGGUCUUCUCCAACCUGCAGAGGAAAGGCCUGGAGAAGAGGUUUGAGAUUCAGAAGUAUGUGACCAAGCCAGAUCGAAAGCAGCUGGCCGCGAUGCUGGGCCUCACCGAUGCACAGGUGAAGGUGUGGUUCCAGAACCGGCGCAUGAAGUGGCGGCACUCGAAGGAGGCCCAGGCCCAGAAGGACAAAGACAAGGAGGCAGAGGAGAAGCCGGCAGGCGGAGCCCCGGCUGCGGACGGCGAGCAGGAGGAGCAGAGCCCCAGCCGCUCCGAGGGGGAGGCCGAGAGCGACAGCAGCGACUCUGAGUCUCUGGACAUGGCCCCCAGCGACACUGAGCGGACUGAAGGGGCCGAGCGGUCUCCACACCAAGCCACGGUCAUCAAGACCUCGGUCGCCGGUGCAGUCCUCUCCACCAGCAGCGGCGGUGGCGGAGUCAGCGGCGGCGGUGGCGGAGUCAGCGGCAGUUUCGCCUUCAGCGGCCAUGGCGGCAGCAGUACCAGCGCGGGCAGCCUUGGCGGCGUGGCCCUGGAGCUACUCCCGGCGCCCCAGCCCACCCUCAGCAGCGCCCCCAAAAGCCCCGAGCCCGCUCAGCCACCGCUGGGAGGCCUAUAGACGGGAAGAGGGCAGAGAGGACUGCGUCCUGCCUGCAGACGCCUAGCCUUCCAAGCGUCGUGGUUGGAUCUCGUGCCUACUUUAUAGAGGUGGCCUGGACACGGCCAGAGAUGCAGCGGUGGAGCCUCCUUCCCCACGUUCGCAUCUCGCCCCUCGCUGGCCGCCUGCUACAGCCCACACUUCAGUGGCUGGGGGAGAGGCAGCGCCCCAGCGGGACACUUCUCCUGGAUACAGGCAGCUCACACUGUGACCAGUGACUCCGCAGUUCCUUCCCGCUCUAGGGGUCGCCAAGACCUGCUGCACUUAGGAUGCCACAAAUGUGUAAAUAAAACGUUUACUACGGUUUGUAAAGAAAGGCUGGUUGGCUGGAUGGGGCACUGUGGUCAGGGGUCUCUGUGCCGGACUUUAGCCCCAGGCCGCUGCGAGUCACAGCUGCUGGAGGUGGAGACUGGAGAUUUGGGGGUACGUGCUGCAGCCUCAGAGCCACCCUGUUGCAGAGAUGGGGCUUGGGGCUUAACUGUCCCACCAGUUCAGAGUGAUCUUUGCCUGCAGCCCACCAGUCGCCACUGAACUUGUGCUAGGUGACCCUGAGUGUGUGGCCUGAGAGCUAAGUUGGCCAGAAAAGCUGUUAGGGGCUCCGUGGGAAAGCCACGGAGAGUCAGGCCCCCUGAGUGGGCUUGCAGGCUUUCUGCAGAUGCACAGUUGGGAUGGACAAGACGGUGGUGCCGACGAGGGCUAGUGGGGCCACAGCCUACCCUCCCAAGGUGGCCGCUCAGUGCCGUGCCUGGAACUGUGGGGCAAUUCCAGUGCAACCGGCCCUCGCUCACAUCUGGUCUGUAGUGUCCUGGAGGAAAGAAAGGACAAGCAGACCACAGUGGUUAGAGCUAGAAGGCCAGGCCUGGGAUGGCUUUAAAACAGCCCAAACAGUUGCAAGGCAGGUAGGUGCCUUGUUCAAGGUCAUACUGAGGCCAAGCUGCAGACCAGAACUUGGACCCUCCUGGCUUCCAUUUGGCUAGCGAUGGGUCUAUGAAACUUCACCUGCACCCCAAUCCACACACACCCAUCUUCCUUCAGAAUUGGGCUACUGCGGGCACCCGGUGGAUUAAGCUCUUCCUUCACCCCCUACCCCCCAGAGCUGCCAUGAUCUGAGAGGGGAGUUGCCCCAUCCCACUGCAGGCGGAAUAGAGCAAACCCAUUUUAUCUCCAUGCUGCUACUGGAAUGGGCCAGUUGAAAAAACUUUUGAAAGCUUGAAGAAAGAGUCAAAGCUCCCUACAAGACUGGUCCUCCCCUGGCUCACUUUCCCUCGAAACUACACAAUGUCUGGAGUUUGUAAAAACAUUCUUUUGGGAGAUUUUAAAACAAACAUGUUGCUUACAGACUUGA